AUGAACAACAACCACAACAACACCAGCAGCAGCAGAAGCGACAGUGACAAUAAAGGCACAAGCCGUCUAAACUUUAGACCUAGUAACAACAGAAAGUCGCAAUCUUGCCCAUGGUGUACUGAAAAUAUUAAAAUCCGUACCUUUAAUACUUUUCGCCAACAUGUUAAGAACAUCCACCCAAAAGAACUUGAUUCCGAAGUUAAUUCAGCUUCUACCCGCUCUGACAUUGUUGAUGAACCAUUAGACCUUUCUUCUUCAGUAUCAAUUAUUUAUCCUGAGCUUGAUUUUCAAUAUUAUGAUUCAAAUGUCAGUAUCGAUAGUGACACUGAUGAAGAUAAUACCCAAGACUAUAAAUCUGAUAUAGACAAGUUUGAGAACAUGUUGGGUGAUGAUGCUUACAUCUCUGCCGAAGAAGAAGACAACGUAGCUGAAGAUAACGAAAACUCGCCCGUAGAUAUUGAUGAAGUGUUUUUGCUUAAUACCAUUCUACCUUUAUCAAGAAGCUUUGCUAACCAAUUGAGCGGUGGAACUUCAGAAACAGUCGAAGAGGACAUUCACAGAUUAAAGCAUGCAACAAGCCAAAUGGAAGAAGUAGAAAAUAUACCGGAUCUGACAAAUCCAUUUAAAUCUACUUUGGAGGGAUUACUCCAUGCCUUUUUUUAUGGGGAUGAAGAUCUUUGCUCAGAGCGUAUGGUAAAAAAGAUCAUCUAUAUGCUGAAGAUUACGCUGAAAUUGCAAGAAACAACAAGUCAGCCUUUAGUUCUGCCAGCACCAGACAGAAUCUCUAACUUUCAACAAAGGAUCAAGUCAAAGAUUCCAAUUCUGCGUCCCACCAAAUGUAUAGCAAAAAACAAGAAGGGUGAAGAACAUACGUUUUUCAUGAAUAAACCUUCAGAAUACCUGAAACAUCUUGCUGCUACCCCAGGUAUGGUUAAUCAAAUGUCUGCUCUUCCAGACUUCACUGCUGGGCAACGCUUACACUUGAACCAGGGCAAUAAAUGGAAAUAUCAUGAGAGCCUUCAAAUGCCCAUGAUAACAUUUAAUAAUCAAGAUUUCUGGAUCGGCGACUUGGUAAAGGAUCACCAGAACGGGCAUUGGCUGAUAAAUAAGUUCAUGAAAAAAUCGAUAAUCUAUGUUGAAUGUUUUCCGGUUAUUUAUAACGAUAAUCACAAUGCGACUAUAUCCGACAUAUUCAUCGGUUUAAACACAAACUUUGCCACAAUGACCCGCCCAUACCUUAUACCAAUUGAGACUAUCACUUCCAGCAUACGAAAGGAGUUAUGCUUCCAAGGACAAGGCUGUACUGCUGGAUAUGACGCAAAUGGAAAGGUGGUCUUGGAACAACAUGGGCUUACAGAAGCUAUUUCUCAUCUUUGGUUUGAGACUUAUUCAAGCAACAAAUUUAAGAGAAUCCUCCCUAACCCAUCUAACAACACCAACAAGUACAUGAAAGUGGUUAUCAUGCCAAUCAUCCUUUGGUCUGACGAUACAUCUGGUAACAAAUCCAAGCAAUACAAUGUUUUUGACAGUUAUUUAAUGUAUCUGGCUGCAAUGCCUCUGGAAGUGAGAAGUCAGCAAGAAAAUACUCUUUUUAUCUGUACAUCUGAUAAAAAUCUAAAAGCUGUUGAUAUGCUGGGCCCAAUUGUCAAUGAUUUCGUUAAACUGGAGAUUGGAAUCGAAGUUUUUUCAUAUGAUCACAAUGAAUAUAUUCUUCUUGUUGCUCCUCUCCUCCUUCUUAUGGCCGAUAAUCCUAGACAUUCACAACUGGCUAUGCACAAAGGUACAAACUCGAAGUAUCCAUGCCGUAAAUGCUUUUGUCCCAAACCAACAAUGCCUGAAGACUUCAAUCAACAAUCAGCAAAUACAACAACAACAACAACAACAACAACAACAACAACAACAAAAAUCUCCCAUACUUUUGCAAAAAGGGACUUCUCAGUCAACGGUAGUGAAGAGUUUCUUCGACUUAAUUCCUUUGAUCCGACUACAGAUUGCCCAGUAGAAGUUCUUCACACCGUUCCCCUUGGUUGUAUCAAGUAUCUAGUAGAUUACUUUAUGAAAGAAGUUCUCACUGUAGCAGAAAGGGAUAGACUCGGUAACAUUAUCAUGUCUAGUAGAAAUCGGGAUGCAUAUUCCAGAACAUUUCAAAACAAUCUUCGACAUUGCGGGUCAUUUGCUGGCAGGGAUUACAAACAGCUUAUCCAAGUUCUACCAACAAUUAUCAGCAAAGUAUUCCUUCAAUCGACUGUACGUAUAAACAUGUUCUCUCAAUGUUUUAUUUACCUUGGACAACUAUGCUCACUUAUAUAUCUUCGUGGUAUUGAAUCGAACUACGAGCAAUAUAUAUACGUCUUCAGAGAUACAUUGUCAAAAUUCACAGAUACUUUAUAUGUACUGGAUAAACACUUGUGUCAAACUGAUGCAAAGCCCCCGAAGUUCUCUCUCAGACCAAAAAUCCACCUCCUACACCACUUGCUCGAUGAUGUUCAACGAUUUGGAUGCCCACUUCAAUAUGAAACGGAGAGCGCAGAACAAUUCAAUAAGUUCAUUCGUGAACAUCUCUUCAUGACUAACCGACUAUAUACAUCUCGGGAUGUUGCUUCAAGAUUUGGUAAACAGUUUAUCUGUUGCCAAAUCUUCAAUGGCUUAUCCUUUGUGUAUAAAAAGUCUUGGAAAGAGAAUGACGUUCAAAAAGAAAGUAUAGUUCGUGGCGAAAGUGGAUUCAAAAUCAAAAACUUGCAAGCAGACAAUGUUGAUUUUAAGAAACAUUUCUUUGGCGCCCGUAUGAAUGUCACAGACAGCUAUUAUAUUAACAAAGCAAAAAUUGUUAAUGGCUUAACUGGACUUUUCUCCACUAGGAACGGGCUGUUCAUUGGAAAAAUCAUUAUCAAUCAAGACGGUUUCCUUACCUUGCAAAAAUAUGCGUUUCUUCAAGCAAAUUCAGUGUCUCCUUCCUGGCUCCCUGGAAACUUGACGGAUCUCCAUAGCAAUCCUCUUAUUCUACCAACCACAACUGUCCUCGUUGAUAAUUCCUUUAUAUGUAAAGAGGUUAUGGACUUAGGCUUUGUUUUUGAUGAAGAAAGAUCCAUAAAUAUAAUCAACAUUUCAGAGUUUGGCACUUACUGGUCAUUGAUUUCAAAUUACCAGUAUUUGUUCACUCAAUAA